AUGCUGGGCCAGACAGAGGAGCCAGGAGAAGGUCAGCAGUUUGCAGAGAGGACAGGCAGGGCUGAGGUGCUGGAUAUAGACAUUGCUGAUCUUCUGCAGUGGGACAAGAGAGAAGGAUUCAGUGCACCAGCGAAGGAAAGAGACCCAAGCCUUAGAGGGGAUAAGCCACUACCUCAGAGCGCCCCAGGAGGCAUUAUUGGAAUCGUGGGAGGUGUCAUUGCAGCAGCUCUCAUCAUCGGUGUGGCUGUCACAGUAUUUAUUGUCUACAGGCGCCAACAAAAGAACCGCACUGAAACAGACAACGACUUAAUUGACUUGCCUCCAUCCCACAAACCUGCUCCUCCACCCAAGAGGAAACAGGAGAUGAAAAGCCACCUGACAGCAGAAGAUAUCCAGGUUGUUCACUUAGACAACAUGAAACACGAGGAGGAAAUCCAAAAACUCCCUCUGCAGACUCCAUACUAUGACAUGGCAGCUGCCGAGCCCUCACCAUACUCUGACAAACUGAACUCUGGCAACAAGGACUGUGAUGUCCACUAUGCAGAGCUGGACACGUCCGCUCUGGCCUCGUCACCCAGUCCUCGGACCUCCAUCCAUGCUGGCGGAGACCUAGUCGAAACUUUGGAAAGCGUCACUCAGAGAUAUCGAAUGCGAGUGAUUACCUAGCCCGCUGCUACUCACAUGAAGAUCAAUAUGUGGAGAAGAUCCCUCGUGUCUAUACUCCCUUGUCAGAUCUCCCCCAAGAUCUUUACUCUCAUCAGCCUGACAUCUCAUUCUGUUGCCCACCACCCGGUUCCCGGGCUCCUUACAUCUGUCCUAAGGAACAGUAUGUUUAAAGCAUUAACACAGCAAAAUGAAGAAGCUAUUUUUUUCACUUCUCCUGACCCUGUCACUCAACAACCAAGGCUUUUUUAAAUCCCCCAUUUGCCAUUGCUUAUUUUAUUUACCUUUUUUUUUUUCUUUUUUAAUUUUGGUGCAAUUGUAAUUGACAAGAUUAGGUUAAGUGUCUGCCUGACUUGCUAAUGCUCACAGGAACAUUUUGCCUUUGCCUAUGUCUCAUCAUGUUCUUGCACAUUCUUUUCUCAUGCAAGACCCCCUGCACCAAGCUGGCUAAGUGUGUGCAUGCAUAUAUGGGUGGACAGCUGCCCUGUAGUGGAUGGGGCAUGCCCAAUGUGAUUAAGUGUCCAUUAAGUGUCCAGGGCUUCUCCAUGUCGGUCUCUACACUGUUUGCAGCAAGGUGUGGAUUCCUUCACAACCCUUGUUCCACCUUGUGUGAAGUUUCACUGCACAGCCAGUGCCCAAAUCUGAGUCUGUGGUGCUUUUUCCCUCCCUCUUUUUGUGAAAAUUGUUUCCCCCUUGGCCAUGGGGACAGCAAAUCCUGUUUGUGAAAAGCAAAACAGCCAAGACUACUGAACCAAAUAAUAAAAUGCUUAUAAUGGAAGAUGUUCAAAACCAA